AUGGCACCAAAACGCAAGCAAAUUGAGGGAGAGUUGGUGAUGAAAAGAAAGAGACAGACACAGAAGAGAAGGUGUAGGGAAGAUGAGAAAGACAGGAUCAGUGAGUUGCCUGAUUGUGUUUUGCUCUACAUAAUGAGUUUUAUGAGCACAAGAAAUGCUAUUCAAACUUGUGUUUUGUCUAAACGAUGGAAGAAUCUUUGCAAAUGUCUCACUAGUCUCACAUUUUGUGCUCGAUACAGUGGAGACAUUUGCUUUAGGAAAUUUGUGUCUUGGGUUUUGUCUAGUCGAGAUCAUUCUCAUUCUCUGCUUAAUCUUGCUGUUAUGAGUCCAAAAGAGCCUGAAAUCCUAGACUUGAUCAUGAAAUAUGCUAUGGUUCAUGAUAUCAAGCAUUUGACAAUGCGUAUAGAUUUAACUUGUAAACCUGCUUUUGAUUCCCUCCCUUUCAUCUUUUGUUGUAGGUCAUUGACAUCCCUCAAGAUUUGUAAUGUUUAUGACCCAAAUGUGAUAGUUAUUCCAAAUUCUUUGCACUUGCCUCACUUAAAAAAUCUGCAUCUUGAACGUGUUAAGUUUACUGCAACUGAUGAUACUGAGUGUGUUGAGCCUUUUUCAAACUGUCGUGUGUUAGAAAGUUUGUACCUUCGAAAUUGCUCCAUGCAAAUUGAUUCACAAAUUCUCUGCAUAUCUAAUGCUACCCUUUUCAGUAUCAAAAUGUACAGUUACAACAUAUUUGGUGAAAGAAAAGCUUACAAAAUUGCACUUUCUACUCCCAAUCUUCGUUCUUUCACUAUCAAGGGUGUUAAUAGUCACCAACUCUCUUCUGCGUGCAAUCUACCUCUUCUUGGAGCUGUGAGUAUUGGCUUGUUUAUGGUGAAAAGUUCAGUCAUCAUAAAAUUGAUGCAAGGACUUGCCAAUGCAAGGAUAUUAACAUUGGGUUCAUUUACCCUUCAAGCAAUUCUAGAUGAUCUCUCCGAUGAUUCAACAAACCUUCAACCCCCAUGCUUUGUCAGAUUGGAAUCACUGAGAGUGAAGAGCAAAUUAUUAGACCUAUUUGAUGGACAAAUCAUCAAAGUAUUGAAAUUCUUGCUUCAAAACACCCAAAUGGCCAGAGUUGAUAUCACAAAGAAUUAA